AAAAAAUAAGAAUAAAAUUGAACUGAAAAUAAAGGCCGGGUUGGAGGAGAGAGCUAGCACGGUGUUUAAAAUCGCGACAAAAUUUUUGCAACCUAGUUUUCAGGGUUGCAACAAUGGCCUCCAGCACAAGAAGAUGUGGUGGCAAGGCCAUGGUUGCGUUUGUUGUAUUGUGUUUAGCUCUAGCCUCGUCUUGUGAGGCCGGCCGGCUAGGCGGCCCUCGCACACGUGCUGCCCGUGUUGGUGAGAAAUUUUUUAAUGUGAUGCAAUUUGGGGCCAAACCUAAUGGAGUUCAAGAUUGUACCCAGGCUUUCAUGCAAGCAUGGGUUGCAGCAUGUGGUGUGAAUGGGUAUGCAAGAGUAGUUGUCCCCAAGGGGAUUUUCAAAGUCACGGAACUGAUAUUCUCAGGGCCAUGCAAAAAUCCAUCUACAUCUCCUCUGAUAUUUCAAAUUUUCGGAACUAUAAAAGCAGACUCAGAUCUUUCUAAUUAUCCCGACAAGGGUUGGAUUUCGUUUAACCGGGUAAAUGGCCUUAUGAUCACCGGUGAUGGUAUCAUCGAUGGACAAGGUCAAAAUGUCUGGAAGUACAACGACUGUAAGAGUAACCCUGAUUGCGCUCAUCUUGCAGCCAGUCUAUACAUCAAUAAUGUCCAGAAUGGCAAAAUCCGCGGACUCCAUUUAGUAAACAGCAUGGGAUUUCACAUGCAUAUUACCAAUUGCAACAAUAUCAGGGCACAAGCCCUUACCCUUACUGCCCCUGCAGAUAGCCCGAACACUGAUGGAAUCCACAUAAGUAGGUCUCAAAUGGUGAAAGUUUCAAGAAGUACGAUCGGCACUGGUGAUGAUUGCAUCUCUAUAGGGCAAGGAGCAACCGAUGUCACUUUGAACAGAAUAAAAUGUGGCCCUGGACAUGGCAUUAGUGUGGGAAGCCUCGGCAAGUUACCACAAGAAAUGGACGUGAGAGGCCUCAUCGUCAAAAAUUGUUCCUUGACAGACACGACAAAUGGUAUUAGAAUUAAAACAUGGCCAGGGUCGGAUCCAAGUAAAGCUUCGGGCAUGCUAUUCACCAAUAUUGUCAUGAAAAAUGUUAAGAACCCCAUCAUCAUCGACCAAGGCUACGGUGGUAAAUCUAGUGCCAAGCCAUCACGAGUAAAGAUAAGCGAUAUUAUUUACCAAAACAUUGGGGGAACAACUCAAUCGGAGGUCGGAGUCAAUCUUAUGUGCAGCACGUUGGCUCCUUGUGAAAAUUUGCGAUUUCAAAACAUCAAUUUGAGGUUCAACGGCCCCAACAAUGUACGACCAACUUCUACGUGCACCAAUGCACGUGUCGGCUAUAGUGGCAUACAAAUUCCACCACCUUGCAAAUAGGUUCUUAAUGACAAGCUUAGCCUUGUUACAAACCAUAGCUUUUGUAUCGAGAGAGGAGGGAAAACAAAACAAAACAAAACAAAAAACAAAAAAACAAAAAAAUAAAAAUAAAAAAUAAGAGCUUGUAAAGGGUUCAAAACAACUUUUUUUUUUUUCCCAGGAGCAAUUUUUUUGAAGUGCAGGCUUAUGUAAUGCACAUAUGGAUGCAAAUGGAGGAGAGAUAACCCAAAUGAAAUAUCAGAACAUUAUGAGCCAUUUUGGAUGAUUCAAUUCAAUCUUCGUCGGAUGUCAAAAACCCAAUUUGUAAAAUGGAGCAAUUAUGUGCUGUUUGGCAACUGAGAAAGAUAUGACACAGGAAAGGAAAAUGAAACUUGAAUAUGAUGUUUAAACACAGGAAUAGCCAAGUGGCCUGUGAAUAUGGUUCAACAAUGGCCAUUUGAAUGCCUAUAUCAACAGCAAUGUAUGAAAUUGACAGGUCAAUCUAUUAUAAUUGAUGAUUAUACUUAUUUUUA